GUUGUUUGCGAUCCAUAAUUUGUUGUUUAUUUACAUAAUAACUACAUCUUAUAAGUAAGAAAACAUUAAGAAUGGGUGAUAAUCACUUAAUAAAGUCCAUCUUUACGGAGUUCCAAAAAACUCUUGACGAGGAGCAAGAACUGCGGGAGGUUAUCCGCACAGUAUGCAAGGAGGUGGAUCAAAUCUCACGCGAGGCGGUCACAAUACUGCAGGUCAUUCAUCACAGCGACGACGGAAUUGCCCCGGCCUGCCAGCGCGCUCGAGAGCUGUUUGAGAAGGCCCGCGCCGGCUACGCCAAGCUGCGGGAGACUGUACCGGCUACGGAUUACUACAAAUACCACGACCACUGGCGCUUCAUGACCCAACGGUACUGCUUCCUCGUAUCCCUGACCAUAUGGCUGGAGAAAGGCAUCCUGGCCACACAUGAGACGGUGGCUGAUGUGCUCGGCAUCAGUCCGGUGGAGGAGAAAGAAGGAUUCCACCUGGACGUGGAAGAUUACCUGGUCGGUCUACUGCAGAUGUGCACUGAACUGUCGCGGCUGGCGGUGAACGCGGUGACCCGCGGCGACUACGCGCGGCCGCUGCAGAUCUCCAAGUUCGUGAUGGAGCUCAACGCGGGCUUCAGACUCCUGAACCUUAAGAACGACCACCUCCGCAAGCGGUUCGACGCCCUCAAAUACGAUGUGAAAAAAAUUGAGGAGGUCGUGUACGACCUCAGCAUCAGGGGUCUACUGCCGCGGCCGGACCCUGUCGCCGUCUAA